GAAGGGGCGCGCUCUGCGUGACCCGGAUGUGCUCUCCUUUCGGUAGGCGGAGGGGGCUGCAGAGAGCAGGAGUGGUGAGGAGGCGGCCGUGCACCGUCCUCAGUAUGCAGCGAUUACUCUUUCUGCCUUUUAAGGCCUUGAUGGGAAGCCCGGGUCUCCGGCCCCUGGUUCCUAGGGUGGCGCCUAGAGCACAGUGUGGUUGCAGCUGUGGGAUCAGAUGCUCCUUGAGGCCAGGGCAAUACAGCACCAUCUCUGAAGUAGCUUUGCAAUCUGGAAGGGGUACAGUGUCCCUUCCCUCAAAGGCUGCUGAGCGGGUGGUGGGCCGAUGGCUCCUGGUCUGCAGUGGAACAGUGGCUGGAGCAGUUAUUCUUGGUGGAGUGACUAGGUUGACAGAGUCUGGCCUCUCAAUGGUAGAUUGGCAUUUAAUAAAAGAGAUGAAGCCACCUUCAAGCCAAGAGGAAUGGGAAGCAGAAUUCCAAAAAUACCAGCAAUUUCCAGAAUUUAAAAUCUUGAAUCAUAAUAUGACAUUGGCAGAAUUCAAGUUCAUCUGGUACAUGGAGUACUCACACCGAAUGUGGGGUCGCCUUGUAGGCCUUGCAUACAUCCUGCCUGCUGCCUACUUUUGGAGGAAGGGCUGGCUCAGCCGCAGCAUGAAAGGACGUGUUCUUGCCCUCUGUGGUUUAGUGUGCUUCCAGGGUCUGUUGGGAUGGUAUAUGGUGAAAAGUGGAUUAGAAGAAAAACCAGACUCCCAUGACAUCCCUCGGGUCAGUCAGUACCGCCUCGCUGCACACCUGGGGUCAGCCCUUGUUCUUUACUGUGGCAGCUUGUGGACUUCACUCUCACUGCUGCUCCCUCAGCACAAGUUGCCUGAAACCCGUCAACUCCUGCAGUUGAGACGAUUUGCUCAUGGAACAGCAGGCCUAGUGUUCCUUACGGCUCUCUCAGGGGCUUUUGUAGCAGGGCUGGAUGCUGGGCUUGUUUACAACUCCUUCCCCAAGAUGGGAGAAUCUUGGAUCCCAGAUGAUCUUUUUACCUUUUCCCCCAUCCUGAGGAAUGUUUUUGAGAAUCCCACCAUGGUGCAGUUUGAUCACAGGAUUCUGGGAAUCACUUCGAUUACUGCCAUUACAGGGCUCUACUUCCUCUCCCGGAGAGUCCCCCUUCCUCGAAGGACCAGGGUGGCAGUGGGGACUCUGCUAGCUUUGGCAUAUACCCAGGCAGGCUUGGGCAUUAGCACUCUGCUGAUGUAUGUCCCGACUCCCUUGGCUGCCACUCACCAGUCAGGCUCCCUGGCUCUGCUCAGUGUUGCCCUUUGGCUCAUGAAUGAACUCCGAAGACUCCCAAGAUAAUUCUCGGAGGAUCAGCUUCCUAGGACUGAAACUGUGCUUUUGAGAGCUCAUAAGACAGCACAAGAACUUGGACUUUCUAAAGGAUGACCUUGGCAUACCAGGUGGUUUCCAAAUUGGCCAGUUUAUUUAAAAUUCUUUGUCUGCUUUUGAAGCAGUCACUUGAUCAAGAAUGUCAUUAAGUAUGGUUAUGCUUAACUAUUCCCUUUUAGAUUUCACACUGAAUAUCAGGUUUAACAUAGAGAGAGAAAUGUCUUCAGUUUCCUGCUUCUUAAUAGGCUAUCUCAGCCUUCUUAAUGUUGGCAAGCUCUUGGUUCUACAUGCGUGAUCUCUGUCUCCUUGACCUUCUGAGUCCUGAAUUCUGCCUAAGUAGAACAACUUUAUGUUCUCAACUUCAUUCCGUCAGAUGAAGAUUCAAGGGGAAGGAUGGCAUACCUUAAAGUGGCCAGAUAGCCUGUAGCAAGAAACAGCUAGUGUCUUCUAGUAUCCUAAUUUUCAGAAAUGGGGAAAGGGUAGGUCUUGACAAGCUUAAUGUCUAUAUGCAGCAAAAUGGUUUAUAAGUACUUAGAAAAAGGUAAUUGCUACUAGUAAGCCACUGGAGUCACCAAGCACUAACCUAGUUUCUCUUCUGAUGUCCAGGUCAGAUAAAUGGGAUAGUAUAAAUCAGUUCCUGAAAGGGUUUCCUAGCAGCCUCAUGGAAAAAAAAAAUAUGGCCUUGAUGGUGUAGUAUUCAGAUAUUUAAGCAAAUUGUUGAUUAAUGAAUUAUGAUUUUGGUCUCUGUUGGUAUUUUACAGGGCUGUUUUAUUCAACUUUAUUUUUUAAUCAGUAAUUUGUGUAAAGGCAUCAGAAAAAUAAGAAUUGAGGGAUGAAGCAACCCAGCAUUGCUAAUAUAUUAGAUGACAGUCACAAGUACAAUUCCAGAGUGACACCAUCAAGGUGAAAUUUAGAUUAUAAAUGUAACAUCCUCAUUUAAAUUAAAUGGGUUAUAUAAGUUUGGGAUGGAUAAAACUGGUUUCUUAUCAUUUCAUAUGAAGACGACUUAGGGAUUUCAGUUGCCCACAGGUUCAGCAUGAACAAACAGUGUGAUAACACUAAUAAAAAUUAGUAAUAUUUCAGAUGUUAUCAAUAGAAGUGUCACAGCCAUAGACACAGCCUCAGUGCAAGUCCUGCAUUUCACUCUGGGUAUCAAAUUUAAGGACGUUGACCACUAGUAUGUAUCCAGAGGAAGAGCCCAGGAUGGUAAAGAGUCCAGAACCAUAUCACACAGGGAACACUUGAAGACUCUAGGGGUACUUAGUUGGAGGAGAACGUGGGCAAGAUUCCUGCCCUUGAGAAGUUGAAGCCCUCUCAUGCAUAAGAAGGAAUGAGCUUCCUUUAUGCUGCAGAGCUGGGAGCAGUGGGUGAAAGUUACAGAAACUAGUUUUUAGUUUCUGUAACUUUAGAAGGCAAGAGUAAGUUGGACUAAAUCAAUGCCCACUCAGGUCAGGUUGGUAGAGACAGUGGCAAACUGGAGAGCAGCAGGUGCCUCAGCUAAGGGGCUAAAACCACUGCUGAGUUCUGGCCUGCUGCUGCUGUGCAGAUCCACGGUUGUCAAAUCUGCCUGGUUUUUUGAAAGAAGCCAGAUAGCUAGAUUUUUAUGUGAAAGCUCUCAAGGAUUGGCAACCAAUUUCAAAAUUUUUUAAACAUUAUUCUGAAUACAUCUGGGAGCCAUAAAUGACCUAAGUUUUGCCUAUUAGUAGUCUCUGGACUAGAUGAUCUUAGUUCCCUUUCAACUCCCAAUUUUCUGUGAGUUUCAGUGUGACCACUCUCAAGUGGUUCCUAGCAAAACAAAAGUAGACAAUUUGUCUUUGAUUUCUGAGAAAUCCCAGACCGUAUGCUAUUGAUAUGAGUGGUUCCUAGCUUCUCACAUUAGAAUCUUUAGAAAUCCUAAAGCCCAGGCCUCACCCAAAACUAGUUAAGUCACAAUCUCUGGAGGCAAUAAGGGACAUUUUUAUGUUCUUCAGGUGAUUCCAAUGUGCAGACAAGUUUGAGAACCACUGGCCUAGGCCUAAAUAGCCUAAGUUUUGACCAGUUUAUUCCCAUUUCUUCUGAAUUUCCGCUCUACCCUAUCUCAUUUCAUCUGCUGUAUUGAUCCUAUAAAUGUGUUAAUGGAGUAUCCCCUCUUCAAGAUAGAAUUCUUUAAAGAAAGGCAACUGCAGUCCCUGUGACAAGUUCCCAUACCAUAUAUCCUGAUCCUUGAACUAAGGUUGUCCUUAGUUAAUAACUGAGUUAGCAGAGGGCAGUCUGAUCCAACCCAAAGAAUCAUCUGUUAAUACUUACACAGUUCCCUCCAACAAAAUAGUAAUGAAUGAAGAAAAUAAGUUCAAGUUUCAUGUUUCAUGUUUUAGUUUGUUUUUCCUUUAUUGAAGAUGAAUGAGUUAAGAAAAAUAGAUCUGGUUGCAUUUGACUAUAUAAUUGUAGAUGCCAUUCUGUACACUCCUCGUGAAUGGAGACUAUCUGAAUUAUUUUUGUUUGCAUUAUUCCCAGCAUGAGACAUGUAUCAAAUAUUCCAUGAACGAUUGGAAAAUGGGUUACAGACUGAUGUCCCAGACACCUCCUUCAAAAUAAGUCAUCACAUACCUAGAAGAUUAAAUGAAGUCCCCUUAAUAUUUUGAAAGGUCUCUCAACAAUUCUGUCAGUUGUUAUUAAACAUUAAAGAAAAACUCUUGGCUUUCUUAAUCAA